AUGAUAACUUUACCCCGCCCGAAUAAGACGUUCUGUCUGCUUGUUUUUACUUUACUUUCGAUUGAUCUCAUCAAUGCCAAAAAUGUACAGAAACGCUUUUUAAGUAAUGGACGUGAGUUUUUCUUUAUUUUAUAUGGUAAAAUACGAAGUGUGUAAAACUUACUACAAUAUAAUUUUUUUUCGGUAAAUUUUAAGAGAUUUUGGUUAUUUGUUCAAUUUUCUAUAAGAUUAGGCUUUGUUUUUGUAUUGUGAUAGUACUUUUUAAAUAGUAACUUGUUAAAAUAAUCUUGAGCUAUUUUUCAAAGCAAAUUUUCGGGUUAGGGGGUUAAUAUUUGGGUUACUGAAAACGAUUUUUAUCGAUAAGCUAAUCUCACAAUGUACUUCACAAUACAAUUGCUUUGAGAGAGGGCACAAAACUAAAUGAACGGCUUAAUAAUUUCAUAAGAUAAAGAUUUUUAUAGCCCCACUACAUCCUGAAUCAUAUAACCAUCAUAUAAUAGACACUGAGAAUGUGAUUGCUAGUAACGUGUGCUUCUGUAGCUACGGCGACUACUGUGAGUACAAUCAAACUUGUUUGAAACAUGAAAAAGCAGCUUGUUAUCAUCUCAUGGAAGAAGUAAGUGCUGUAAUUGAUUUCUAUUUUGUACUGAUUUAGUUGGUUUUUAACUUGUAGGGAUAAUUAUACAUUGAACGUUAUAUACCUAUACAAUAUAAUCAUAAAAAGUCAAUGUAAACAUAUGGAGUGGAAUAUCAGAUAACGUAAGACGUAUUAUAACGUCUUUUUAACUUUAGAGGUACGAUGAAGAAAGAAGAGCUAUGAUAACCUUACACUCAUAUGGUUGUGCUGCAUUAGAAGCUGGUUCAGAAGCUUCUGAACUUACUGUAAGUUAUAAAUUGUAUUUAUGUUAUAAUACUUAAUUUUUCAAUUUUAUUUAAUCUUGAAUUAUCAUAUCUGUAAAUUUUUUAGUGUCAGUCAUAUCGAAGUCAUCACUCAGUCCCAACAAGUAUAGCAUGUUGUUAUGAAGGGAAUUAUUGCAAUCUUAACAUUACUCCACCCAAGUAUUCUAAUGUGGUAGAGAGUGAUGGUUUUGAUGGUAAGUUUCUAAGGUUUAUAUUAGGUUCUUCAAAUAAUUUUGUGCUUACCAACACCGACAAUUCGCUUUGAAUAGAUGCGCAGUAUUACUUGAACAACCUAGUAUAAUUAAUGGCGGUUUUGAUACUAUAUUAUGAUACGAUACUAUACUUUGAUACUUUUUAAAGUGUUUUUAAUGUAAGCUGUUGUUAUGCUAGCAGUUAGUAUAUUAUAUCCACGUUUUUUAGAAAAUGUGUUCUUACUUCACAACUACGAAAGGCUGAUAUUGUUCAUUGUUGUUGCCGUUGUAUGUGGUUCCGUACUCUAUAUUGCUGUUGUUUUAAUUCUAAAAUGUUUGAAACGGUCUGGUAAGUCAUUAAAAAGCUGUCUUAUUGUUAGAACUUUCUGAACAAUUUAAUAAUAUAAUGUUUUCAGGAAAAAUAAAGAAUUCAUUGCCAAAUCAAAAUGCGUUAUUGGGGUUACAAGAUAAUGAAAAGAGUUAUUGUGGAUCAGAGUGUACAUGGGAGUAAGUUUGUAAUUUUAAAGCUUCAAAGGAAGUACAGUUAAACUUCUUUAUAACGAACAACUAGAAAUUUCUGAACGAUUUGUAUACAAGUUCUACUGCAAGUAACAGAUGAAAUUUUAAAAAAUUUUAAAAUUUACUUGUUUUUGUUGUAAAAUACGAACUAACAUCCUGGAAAGCAAUUAUUUUCAGAAGUGGAUCAGGGUCAGGAUCAGGUCUUGUGACCUUAAACCAACGUACAAUAGCUUUGAAUCUGACUAUGCUAGAGUUGGUGGCUAGGGGAAGAUACGGCGAAGUUAGACGCGCUAUUUACCGUGACACUAUUGUUGCUGUUAAGGUAGGAAAAACUAUUUUUUAAAUUAGAAAUUUAAAUGUACAUUAUGAAUUAAUGUAUUUCACUAAAAAUUUAAUAUUUUUGUUAUCAUGCAAAUAAUAUGAUACUAAUAGGCCUCAAAAGCGGUUUUCUGGGCUUGAGCUGGGACCAGAGUUCCGACGGGCUCCGGAGCCGGAGCUAAGAUUUAAAAAAAGGCGGAGCCUGAGCUGGAACUUUGAAAUUUGGGAACUCUGGUUGGGACUAUGCUAAUUUGAAAAACCUUAGGCUAAGCGUGCUUCUUUUUUAAGUACUAAGGAUUAAUAUAUUGUACUUCCAGACCUUUUACACGACAGAAGAAGAGUCGUGGAAGAAUGAAAGAGACGUGUAUCAGACUCAAAUGCUCAAUCAUGAAAAUAUUCUACGUAAGUUAAAAUUCUUUUAGUAUAUUAGGUUGUUAAAAUAAUUCUGUGCUCUAUAACACCAAAAAUUUGCUUUGAGAGGAGGCUCAGAAUUAUUUGAACACCAUAAUAUAAAAAUUUUUUGUAAAAAACAAGACAAAAGCUUUAACUUACUUGACUUGCAAAAGAAUCAGACCGAGCACAGAAUUAUUUGAACAACUUAGUAAUUACAUUUAAAUUGCAUUUUAAGAUAUUUCAACACAGUUUUAAAAUAAAACUCAUCUUUUUUAGAAUACGUAGCCUCGGAUAUCAGCAGUAACAUUGAUUCCUUGACUCAAAUGCUACUCAUAACGGACUACCAUUCUCUUGGCUCACUAUAUGAUUACUUGAGGAAAAGUGAACCACUCACGUUACAGGAAGCACUGGGACACAUUCAAGGGUAAAAUUUUGAAAUUUAAAAAAUUUUUUUUUAAAAUGUAGUGAUAAGUCAUAUAAAAUAUCCUUAUUUUUCAAAAAAAAGUUAAAAUUUGUUUGCAACGUUAUGCCAACGACUUAAAAUGAAUAAAAACUUUUUCUUUUUGAAUUAGGCUUUGAAGGGGGCCUACUAGGCUUGGUCUGGCUUACCGGGCUUGGUUCGGCCUACUAGGCUUGGUUUGGCUUAUUAGGCCUGGCUUGAUAGGCUUGGUCCUGCCUACCAGGCUUGACUCGGCCUACUAGGGUCAUCUUGGCCCACUGAGCGCAGCUUUGUUUACUAGGCCCAGCUGGCUCUAGCUGAAGCAAGUGUGUAAGGUUCCGGGUUUAGCCGCCGCAUGUGGACUUAAAAGCCGGGUGUCAAACGAAAGCGAGGCCCUUUAACGGGUGUACAACGAACUUAUUUUUGUAUUUUAUGCAAUAAAGUUAUGUUUCUUAAUUUCAGAAUUUGUGCUGGCCUAGAGCACCUUCAUAAUGCUGUUCACGGCACUGGCAGCAGAAGAAAGCCUCAGAUUGCUCAUCGUGACAUAAAAUCGAAAAAUAUUAUUGUGAAGAGAAGAGGUGUCUGUUGCAUUGCUGAUUUUGGAUUGGCCGUUCGAUUGUGAGUUAAUUACCCUUUCCUUCCUAUUAUAGCAUCACCUUAACUUAAAUUCUGUACUUCUUCUUUAUCAUUUUUUAUCUUAUUCUACUCUUACUUCAUAACUUUAAUGUUAGUUGAUAUCGUAAUACUUUACCUUACUCAUUAACUUAUUUAAUGUCAUAGGGAAGAAGACUGUAUUUUACCGGCGAAGUUGAAUGUCCAAGUUGGUACGAAACGAUAUAUGGCACCAGAAAUACUAAACAAUGCUUUGAACGUAAAGCACUUCGACGAGUUCAAAAUGGCCGAUAUCUACUCGUUUGCUUUGGUCAUCUGGGAGAUUAUCAAUCGGAUUCAAGUAAUUUUUUGACAUUUUUUUGGAAGAUAUACGUUGGGACACCGUAUUUUACAAAACUAAAGUUUAAUUAAAACUAGCCUUCCUGUUAAGUAGAUGGACAAAGUCUUGUCGUCAAUUUCUAUUGUUUUGUAAAUUAAUAAGCGACAACACUUUUUUUACGUUUUAUCCAAAUUUUAUAUAAAAAGCCUCUUACAGACCCCAAAAAGUAACGUAUACCAACGGACGCACAAGAGAAUGGUCAGUUUUUCUUCCAGUUCUGGGAUUGCUACAAGCUCUGGUACCAGCUACAGUCCCUUAAGGUAUCGGCCGUCAUUGGAGCUUUAUCGGUCGAGGGAUUCAUGUAAUACGGUAGGUUAUGUUGUAUUUAAUAUAGGAUUUUCUAAGCUUGACGUACUUUAAUUAGUAGGGUAGGGUAGAGUAGGGUAAGGUAGGGUAGGGUAGGGUAGGGUAGGGUAGGGUAGGGUAGGGUAGGGAAGGGUACGGUACGGUAGGGUAGGGUACGGUACGGUACGGUAGGGUACGGUAGGGCACUGUAGGGUACAGUAGGGUACGUAGGGUAGGGUAGGGUAUAUUAUGUAGCUACCAUAAUAACUAAAUAUCUUGUUUCUCCAGACAAUAGAAGCCCGUCCACCUAGUCUUCCCUACCAAAACUUGGUCGAAAGUGACCCAUCCUUCGAAGAGAUGCGCCUCUGUGUAUGUGAACACAAAAAGCGGCCUUUAUUGGAAGAAGAGUGGACUAAUGGAUCGAAUGCUGUCCUCCGAGAUCUAACUGACAUUAUGAAGGAAUGUUGGUCGGAGAAUGCCAAAAGUCGACACACUGCUUAUAAAAUGAAAAAAGAAAUUAAUGAACUGAUGGAAAUGGCUCAUCUGAUGGAUGAUGAUGUCAUUCCAGCAGAUGCUAAGGCAUUGAGGACGGAGCUUAAUUAUUCACAGUCGGUUUUGAACCCUAAUAUUAAUAUUGUAUAA